AUGAUUCUAUUGCAGCACCUCGAAAAUUUGGGACCAAUUCGUCGAUACUACCUCAUUAUCAGUAGUUCGGAACGUGCUGGAGUCUUGAGUUUGGCGGAUCACAUAGACUGGCACAGUGAGCUUCUGCGUGUAGCGCCGGAUGGAAACGAAGCUGAAACUCGUGUCGCGGCAGAAUUCACUCAGUUAGCCUUCGAUUCCACCCAACUGGAAGUUCAAGUUGGUAGUCGGGAGGAAUUUACACGGAUUCGGCGCUCUCUGGGUCGAAAAGUGCCUCCAGAAGUUGGUCUGCCUUCUUCAAAGAUAUUUAAUGAUGACCCAAGUCAAUCGCACUCAGAAAUACUGUUAUAUGAUUGUAAACUGUCACGGGAUAAACACUACAAGGCAAUACUCCUUGCAUGCAUAUAUCCAGAUAUUCAGUAUUCUGUACCGCUUCAUAAACGCCCGAGCCUCGGUUACACCGAUGGGAAUCAGGUGAUGUCUAAAGCUGCUACUGACCCUGGUGACAAAGGCGAUGAAUACGAGGAUAGCAUCAACCCUAAUUAUUGCUCUUCUAGUCGUUGGUCGGUUACAUUCACGCCUGAAGAGAGUCUCAUAAUCACCAGGGCGAAUGGCAUUUCCGAUUUAGCUGGAAGUGGCGGUGGAGGCUCCACCAAUGGUGUAAUAAAUCGUACCGGUCCGUCUUUUUUCACCGUCAUCCUCGUUACUGUUAUAAUUGGUCUCGCAUUGGUUGCCCUCAUCUGUAUUGCUGUACAAUGCUUUUUCAGACGCAGACCCAAACAACAACGCAACUCUAUCGGUGCGAAGCUGCCGAAGACGGAUAACAGUCUAAAGGUGCCACUCAUGCCACCGUCGCAUCACAAAAGUCUCGUUCCCGGAAUCGACCCCGUGGAAAUGCAUUCUGUUGAAAUUCAAAGUGGAAAUGACUACAUCACGGAUUCCACCUCACCCGGCAAUUCUUCGCAUCCGCCUGGUGCUCAUGCAUCACCAACAUCACAAAUCUCGAAGGCGCUCGAUAAUGCACCACCAAUGCAAACACUCUCGGCGCCAGGCACGCCACUCCGACAGACGCCACAGUCCAUGUUGGGUCAACUCCUCCCUACUCAGUCACCCAUCUCUCUCAGUCACCUAGCUGUUCAUGUGGCUAACCUCAAGUCCUUCGACAAUAACGGUCUCUACAAGGAAUAUGAGGCAAUCGACUCUGGUAGUGGUUUCACAUGGCAACAUGCCAAUAUGGAGUUGAAUAAGGCCAAAAAUCGGUAUGCCAAUGUCAUUGCCUACGAUCACAGUCGAGUAAUUUUGAGCCAACUUCCUGGGGUGCCGUGCUCAGACUACAUCAACGCUAACUACCUGGAUGGUUAUCGUCGACCAAACGCCUACAUUGCCACUCAGGGUCCACUUCCUGAAACCUUUGGCGAUUUCUGGCGUAUGGUGUGGGAACAGAACUCGCGAGUGAUUGUCAUGAUGACAAAGCUGGAGGAGCGGUCGCGUCUUAAGUGUGAUCAGUACUGGCCCUCUCGUGGCACUGAGGUAUACCAAAUUUGCCUCGAAAACGAGGCGAAGUCGCCUCUCGUCGACUAUACUGCCUUUGCAGUCACUCUUCUUGAUGCUACGGACUACGCCUACUACACUAUUCGCACGUUUAGCCUUCGAAAGAUGGCUCCAACCUCGGCCGCUGGUGAGGCUGCCUCACAGAACCUUCACAGCAGCUAUACAGAUGGACUGGAAAGUCUUCAACCCCUGUCAGAAUCACGUCAAAUCAAACAAUUUCAAUUUACUGCAUGGCCUGAUUGUGGAGCUCCCGAGCAACCACAACCCCUUCUCCUCUUCAUUCGUCAAGUCAGUCAGGCGCGCAACGUUAUGGAACAACAACAAGUUCAAAGGGGACAGGACAAUGGCACUCCCGCGUCUGCUCGCCUAGGGCCUACCAUUGUCCAUUGUUCGGCUGGCGUUGGAAGAACAGGCGCCUUCAUAGCCGUGGACUCGCAAUUGGAUCGUAUCAGAGCAGAGGACACGGUGGACAUAUUCGGUGCUGUGAGUCGAAUGCGCACUCAACGCAACUUCAUGGUGCAAACAGAGCAGCAGUACGCCUUCCUCUACGAGGUCAUGGUCGAGGCGGUGCAAGUGGCAGGCAGCGAGGUGACUGCACACAACCUCUACAAUUAUGUCAUGAAGCUGCGUCAAAUGGCACCCACUUCAACACUCAGUAUGUACCUUGGAGAUCAUGCAACUAGGGGCGCUUUGAAAGGCAAUUUCCCCACAGGCAUAAGUGCUCUAGAACUGGAAUUUCAGCGAGUCUCGAUAAACCUUCAGGUGCCCUCUCAAUGCACCAGUGCCCUUUUGCCUGAGAAUCGCAAUAAGAAUAGGUUGGAUUUAGUCCUGCCAUAUGAAUACAAUCGGGUUGUGCUCUCCACUGUGCGUGGUGUAGAAGGUGCGGAUUAUAUAAACGCCAGUUUUGUUGAUGGUUAUUGGCAUGAACGAGCCUACAUUGCCACUCAGGCUCCAUUAGCCAGCACCACAAAGGACUUCUGGCGAAUGGUGUGGGAGCACAACUCGCCAAUCAUUGUAAUGCUGGGUCAAGUGAUUGAGAAUGGACGAGAACAGUGCUUUCAAUAUUGGCCCUCGGAGCGUUCACAACGUUAUGAGCAAUUUCUUGUGGAGCCUAUGGUGGAAUACAACAUGCCGAGUUUUGUUCUACGAGAAUUUCGUAUCACUGAUACACAGGAUGGUCAAUCACGAACAUUGCGACAAUUUCAAUUUUCUGAUUGGCCAGACAAUGGAACUCCUAUUUCAAGAGCAUCUGAAACUCUCAUUGAACUGAUCUCUCAGGUUCACAAAACACAAGUUCAAUUUGGUCAAGACGGUCCCAUCACUGUACAUUGCAGCGCUGGCGCUGGUCGUACGGGCAUAUUUGUUGCUCUAAGCAUUCUCCUCGAAAGAAUGCGAUGUGAGGGUAUGGUCGACCUCCUACUGACAACACGACUUCUACGAUCUCAGCGAAGUCAUAUGAUUGAGGAUGAAAGUCAAUAUGCCUUCUGUUAUACUGCCCUUCUGGAGUUUCUUGCCGCCUUUUAA